AUGGCUUUUCCUGGUGGUAACAUUCUGCCUUUUGGCAACGAGUUUCAAUUGCAGCCUAUGCACUAUGCUGGCGUAGCUGUUGCUCUCCUUGGCGGAGCUUGCCUCUUCUCCCUCGGCAAACCUACUGUCGACGGCAAGGAUGAGUCCUCUCCUGGACUUCUCAAGUCCUUUUUCCUCUUCUUUUACUCUUCCUUUCUCAAGCCUCACCAGGGUGGAUCUAAGGCUUCCCAGCAAGACGCCCUCGAGAGCUUUUAUAAGAAACAGGCCGGGGCCUACGACACCACCCGCGGCAUCCUUCUCCGCGGUCGCGAGGAUAUGCUCGCACUGGUUGUCGCUCAGCUCAAGGCCAAAUUUCAGUCCCCCCAGGAUGCUGGGAAGAGUAAACGCGAAAAGAGAAUCUGGGUCGACAUUGGCGGCGGCACUGGCUGGAACAUUGAAGCCAUGAGCGAGCACGUCAAUGUCCCCGAGUUCUUCUCCAGCGUCUAUCUCGUCGACUUCUCUCCUUCUCUCUGCGAAGUCGCCCGAAAGCGUUUUGAGCGCCUCGGUUGGAAGAACGUCACUGUUGUUUGCCAAGACGCACGCAAGUUUCGCCUGGAAGAUUACGAGGACGGGAUGCCUGUCGCUCAGAGCCUACUUCGUUCUCCUGCGCUCAGCUACUUCAAGCAGCAGCGCCCCGAGCACGGCGGUGCUGAUCUGGUCACCAUGUCUUACAGCCUAUCGAUGAUUCCGGAUUACUACUCCGUUGUUGACUCUAUUGGCUCCCUCCUGUCGCCCUCUGGUGUUUUCGGUGUUGUUGAUUUCUACGUUCAGAACCAAUCCGACUUUUCCUUCCGAAAUUACACUGCCGGAUACAUCGACCGCCAUGUCAAUGCCCUAUCACGCAUGUUCUGGCGUGCCUGGUUUGACCUUGACCGCGUCGCGCUGGAGUCUGGACGACGCGACUACCUCGAGUACAAGUACGGUACCAUUCUCAACCUCAACGCUCGAAAUCGCAGCCUGGGAUACAUUCCGUACUAUGUCUGGGUUGGAUGCCAAAAGAAGCCCUUCUCCAAGACUGCGCUGCCGCACGAAAUCCUCGAGCGAAUUGACGCGUAUGCUACCGAGUCGCCGUACCUCUACCCAGUGAAUCAAGGCGAUGCCCUUACCCGCGCCAUUGAGAGGUCUGCUCCCGAGAUCCGCUCCAAGGCCUUCCUCACUGCCGUUCAGAAUCUUUCUGCCAACUUGCCUCUGCCCGCCUUCUUCUACCAGAACCACCACUGGCGUAUCUACUACGAUGAUCAGCUCCAGAAGCACAAGCAGUUCAACGAUGAAUACAUUUAUGCCUUCACCUGGGAGGAUGCCCGUGUCGAUGAGCGCAUUCUGAAGCUUGGCCCGGAUGACAAGGUCCUUGCCAUUACUUCCGCUGGUGACAACAUCCUGUCUUACCUGGCUCAGGGCCCUGCUCGUGUUCACGCUGUCGAUCUCAAUCCUACCCAGAACCAUCUCCUCGAGCUCAAGGCUGCCGCUUAUACUGCGCUCCCGUAUGAGGACUUUUGGAAGAUAUUUGGUGAGGGCAAGCACCCUGAGUUUCGCACGCUUCUUAUCACCAAGCUUUCUCCCCAUCUGUCUAGCCGCGCCUUUCAGUACUGGCUCAAGAAUGUCCACGUUUUUCAGAGCACCUAUGGUCUUUACGACACUGGUGGCUCUCGCCACGCGAUCCGCGCCAUGCGUUGGAUUUCUCGCCUCUUUGGUAUCCGGGGAGCUGUCAAACAGGUUCUCGCCGCAAAGACUCUGAAUGAGCAGCGUGAGAUAUGGAGAAACAAGAUCCGCCCUGCUCUCCUGUCCAAGCUCGUGUCCAACCUUGUGGUUGCCCAGGAAAGCUUUCUCUGGACCGCACUUGGUGUUCCCAAAAACCAGCUUGCCAUGAUUGAAAAUGACCAUGCCGAGUCCGACCUCGUCAAGGGUCCGAACCCCAAGGCCAAGAACACCCGCUCACAUGCCAUCUGGCACUACAUGGUCAACACCCUUGACCCUGUCGCCGAGGAUACUCAUAUUGGCGCCGACAACCCUUACUACUAUGUGUGUCUCGAUGGCCAGUUUACUCCAAAGUGCCACCUUCGCUACCUUGAUCAAGAGGUUCAUGCCAAACUCUCACGCCCUGGCGCUCUGGAUGGCCUUCGCAUCCAUACUGAUGAGCUCGAGGAGGUGAUUGCUCGCAUCAUGCCUGGGACCCUUACCGUGGCCGUUGUCAUGGACAGUAUGGAUUGGUUCGAUCCCGGCUCCGAGGCUGCCAACAAGCAGGUCACGAAGCUUAACCGCGCUCUCGCUAUCGGCGGUCGCGUGAUGCUGCGUUCUUCGGCUCUGGAGCCUUGGUACCUCAAGGUCUUUGAAGCCCACGGCUUCGUCCCCAAGUGCCACGGUGGCCGCCGCGACGGUGCAUGCAUUGAUCGCGUCAACAUGUAUGCCAGCUGCUGGAUAUGCACCAAGGUUGACCACCUUCGUCCUCCCACUCCUGAGCUGGAGCGCGUCAACAGCCACGAAAUUACGAGCCUCGAGAUCUGA